UUCGACAGGUCCGGUCACGCUGGUCUAAUAAACUUUUCAAUUUCAGUCUAUUUUGUUAGUUUUAAAUUGUUGUAAUAGCUAUUCAUUACUUUUAUAACACAAGACCAUGAUUGCGAGGACCCUGAGGGCCUUGGGUCGGCAAGGUCGCCACCUGAUGCUGCCGACCAGCACAGUGUGCCGCCCAUUUCACGCCAUUCCGGCAAACUUCAGCAAGGCCUACGACCACGAUGGGAAAACAAAAGUCACUAUUUUCAACACGGAGACGGAUCUGGGACUCAUGGUCACCGGGUACAGCCAGUACGGAUUCAGGCUCAACAACGACAUGGUUCUCAUAGGACCCAUAUCCGUUUUUCCCAGAUCGGUUCUGUCCUGGAACGUAAACAGCUUUGAGGACAUCAACGAGGAGAGUCUCAGUCUCUUUCCCACCCUGGAACCAAAAAUCGACGUCCUAAUCAUUGGCAUUGGCGACCAAGCGCCGCCGCCAGCUCUUUCCAAAAGGAUCAUAGAAUUCAUGAAGAAGUACAAGAUAAACGUUGAGGUCCUUCGCACAGAGCAGGCUUGUGCCACAUUUAACUUCCUGAAUGCCGAGAACCGUAUGGUGGCAUGCGCCCUGAUACCUCCCUUGCACCUCACCUACAACGAGAACGACAUUCUGCAGGCGAAACUGCGGAAGAAGGAGCUCUACGAGACCGAAUAGGAUUACUUAGAUACAUCUAAUGCUUGUUUGAAAGGCUGGUGCUUCGUUAGGAAUUAAACUGUUUUAUAAAA